UUAUUUUGUUUGUCCAUGCCCUCUAGAGACUGACACUAAGUGUUUUCUGAUCAAGGCAGGACAACAUUAUUUGUCUGUGCCUUUGAAAAAAGCAGAUUAAUAGCUGAUGUAGCCUGUAAUUCUACAAACAAUACAGUUGAUAUAAUUAAAAUAAUACAUUCUGGACUGAUUCCGCUCCAUAUUUGAAAAACUUAUGUCUUACAUACAGUCCUUAAAUCUUGAAACUAAAUUAUAAAAUGUGGAGUUUGGAGAUCUGCUAUUCUACAAAUGAUCUUGUUGUAUAAACUUUUUGUAAAUUUUCAGAAAAGCACAUAAGGUAAGUUAACAAUUAAGGGUCGCAGGGGGGCUGGAGCCAAUCCCAGCUGACAUUGGGCAAAAGGUGGGGCCACACAGACAAACAACCGCUCACAAUCAAGGGCAAUACCUAAGGACAAUUUAGGGUAACCAAUCAACCUAGCCUGCAUGUCUUUGGAUGGUGGGAGGAAGCCGGAGCACCCGGAGAGAACCCACGCAGACACGGGGAGAACAUGCAAACUCCACGACCUUCUUGCUGUGAGGCGACAGUGCUAACCACCGCACCACCGUGCCGCCCUAAAUCCUGGUGUUGUGAGAUUUAAAUCAUUAAUGAGGGUAUCAGGACAAUAAGGACUUGGACAUGGCAUUUAAACACUGUCAAUACUGGCUACACAUCUUUCCAGCAUUACAUUUAAUACAUACCUGAUCAACUGCUUGUUCGAAUCGUGACUGGAAUUUCAAUUGAAAUAAUAAACGUUUGUCCACAUAGGUUUGUAGAGAUGGACAAUGGAGUUGUCAGACUUGCAUGGACUGCACUCCCACCUGUUAAAUGGGAAGGUAACAUCAUUCACCUUAUCAGAACAGGAAACUCUUAAUUGCCCGCACCCCACCUCCUCUCUUCAAGUCCCUUAAAACCUUACUUUCUGUCAACAUCCUGUAUAAACGAAGAGAAACAAUGGCCACUGAGAAUAGAAGCUGUGCUGACACAUUGUGAAUGUGUCAUUAGAGUUAUGGGGCAGGUGUUAACAGAGAUGCAGCAUAAGAAGAGGAGCGGCUGGGUAUGCCACAUCAAAAUGUCAUCAGUGUAUCAGGACGCAUUGUGGUGUUGGGUUGUACAUGUGAUCAGACUGUAUGUGAGGAGUGACGUGGAUCAGUCAUUUGCUAUAUUCAAAAUUACACUGAUUCCCCAAGGCAGUUACUACAGAAGAAAAAAUGCAACUUCUAACUGAUCACAGCAUGAAAACAUCCAUCUCAACAAGUAAUUUAUGCAGACGCGGGUGGGAAACAAGUGCGUGUGCCACCGAUCAAAAUGUUUCCAUUAGCAAAUCAAAGCAAGAGAUUCAACCGAUUCAGUCAAUGAGCUGCACAAUUAUCAUGAAAGUGUUCGCUUUCAAAGGGUAAUAAGGAGACGCUCACUCCAUACUCCACUAGCAUAAACACUCAGCUCCAACAUCACCAAGACGCAAUUACAGUGUAAAGUUUAGAGCUCUCUCUGCACACAGUAAAAAGGCUGUGUGCAAAUUGUGAAUCCUGCAGAGUAUCGAUAUUUUAUUUUGACCAUAACACACACACACACACACACAUGCAUGAGCAUACCACAAUAACAGAUACAAGUGUCCCUGGUUGCUAUAGGAACAUCAGCAGCUCACAACUGAUUAGAAAGCUCUUUGAUGAUGAAGUGACCUUCUGUAUAUGCGCAGUGUGCACACAUGUGUCAGGUUUGAGUGUGAGGGUGUGUCUGUAGAUUAGAGCCUAUUUGACCCACACAGCCGUUUAAUUUAACAGAGGAAGAGAUUUCCACAAUUAAUAACACCGGUUGUCAUCUCACAUUCAGGUAUUUUAAUUACAAUAUUUACGCAGCUUUAAUGCAUUUUGAAAGAGCUGAAAAUCUGCCUGAAAAACAGCUGUAGAAAAUGGGUCUGUGUAGUUACAAUGUAGAUUGUUCAGCACUUUAGCACGGCGGUGGAAACUCAUCCGACACACCAGAUGGGCUGAGUAUGUGUGCAUUUAUGUCUACUUUGACUUUGUAAAACUUGGUGUGUGUGUUUGUCUGUGUGUUGUUGUAAUUUGUUGUAUUUUAACACCCAUACAGAAGUUAGCCAGGUACAUACAUCAGACACUGGGUGGAGAUAGACUCUCAGCACAGUGGGGGCAAAGCUUCAUCACAGAGCCCACCUGUCAUUUAUACAAUGUUUACGUGACCCCAGACUCACUCCGGAAGUCCACUGAGUCAUUAUUGGAAGCAAACUGCAUGCAGCUCCUCAUGCCCGGCUGUGUCUUCUAUCAAAUGACAUACCUGGGCCCAUGCAUCAUGCUAUCUCCGCUUAUGAUCAGACACCAUCAGAAAUCCUUUAAAAAACACUUCCUCUCCCUUUCUGAGUGACUCAGAUAUCUGUAAGGAACACACAAUCACAACAUUCCCAUCAAGUCGACCAUGUUUUUUUCUUUCGAAUGUAAUCAGCCUGAUUGAGAAUACUGAAGUUAUUUACAACUGUUCUCUUCUGUUUCUCCAAUCUCCUAACUAGUAAAUCUCAGCUUUUCAAAGAUGGUUCCUGUGAUGGAGAUGUGUCACUCAGAAAAUUGGCUGUGCUUAACUUGAGAGUGCUUGUGCAUAACAAACUAAGAUAGAAAGAAGAAUGCGUUACCAGGAGAACUUCUUCGACUUAACUUAUGUCGGCAAGCAUGUGCACAAAGAGUUGGUAAAACUAAAUUGGACAAGCUUUUACAAAACCACCCACUCAAAAGGAAUGAAAAGCCUCUCAUUUUGUGGAACAUGGAGUGAUUACGGCAUUCUUCACAUUUCAUGUUUUCCUUUUCCACAAAGACUUUCACAAUAUUUUUUUCGUGUGUAUUUCUCCAUGCCUGGUUUCUCUGACUCAGCGUUCCUGGGCUGCUGGUUAGUGCCAUGGGUGCAGGUGGCCAGCAGCAUGGCUCCUCUUCUCUCACCCUCUGGCGCCUGUUGCUUUUGUCAGCAGACCCCUGUGAUCUGGAGUUAUUCUCUGUUCUCCAAAUUACUAUUUAAUUGCAGCUCCUUUCAUUUUGUUGUUAUGUUAUAUAUUAGCUCUGCUCAUCUUUCACCACUAGACAAACAUAACACAUGGUGACCUUGUGUCCAAUAUUAUAUUCUCUUUGUGUUCACAUGCACAUACACAUGUUAGUUUGUGUCAGUUUUGGAGGGAUUUUCAUUUACAUACACUGUUCUUGUGUGACAGCUAUUUUUGGCACAGAGGUCAUGGACACUGAUCUCAUAGUAAAACAACAUUGGCUGACUGCCUGUGAAGAUCAUGUGUGUGUCUGGUUGUAUGUGUGUGUGUUUUGAGAGGGUGCUAUAAAAUAUUUCUGCAGCUGUUGUGACAUAAGACUCCCGAUUGUAUAUCAACAAUAAACACAGUUAAAAAAGACAAAAAAGAAACAAUUUAACUAUGUAGCCUACUUAAUAAUAAUAAUAGCAAUAACCAUAAUAGAAGCACAAAAAGCAAGGACAACUAACCAAAUUAACAAGAUCUGAACAAGUCAGCAAAACUAGGCAGGCAAAAUGUUCUUAUUCUGAAAUGCUUCAUGUGGAUGUAGCCAUGCAGCGAGCGGAGAGCGGUUAUCUGUAGUUAAAGCACACAGAAUGACAAAUUAACAACAUGUCAACAACUUAGGGCAGGCUAAACGCUCCACCGCUGAAACACUUGAGUGUCAGUUGAACGGGUGAAGUUGAAACGGGUCAGAUGGAAAGUAUCUCAGUACAAUACAGUAUAGAUACUGUAUAAUUAACCUAUAGACAACCUAUAUGUAAUAAACAAAGAAAGAAGGAAGAGGAAGUGUAAAACUAUGAGGAUGUGAAGAGAUGUCAAAGUAUGAGGAAGAAAACAAACACAAAGCAUCAUGUGUUUUAUGAAACAUUUGCAUCGAGCACAGUCAACCUUGAGAAGUCUAACUUUUCUUACAAAGAACACAAGAGCUUUGACCGCACACAGACUAGAAGAUAUGUACUUCAAGAUGUUGCUUGUUUUCUCAGGAGCAGUUUGCAUCUAUGGACAAAGAAGUUAUGAAUUUUGUUACACCUAUGGAUGCUCUGACUCAAGCGAAUCUCAAUUCUGUGCGACAAUGGAUGGUGAUGAAGUAUGCUAUGCAGACUUUAAAAAAGGAGUCCUUUUUUGGGAUAGCCGACUGCCUACAAGUUUACAGAUUGCUGGAGCCUACGAAUAUGCAACACUCACACCAUUUGCGUGCAGAUAUUUUUUAGAUUUAUGGAAAAAAGACAAGUCAGCUACAACAAAGACUAAAGAGGAACCAGAAAUGAUCAUUUACCCCAGAGAUGAAGUGAAAAAAGAGGAAGAGAACACUCUCAUCUGCUUCAUCAACCAUUUCUUUCCUCCCUACAUCAACAUAAAGUGGACCAAGAAUGAUGUAGAAGUAGCAGAGGAAGAUCCUUUCAUCAGAUGCUUACCCAAUCCUGAUGGGACAUUUUAUGUUUUUUCCACUCUGGACUUUGUCCCAAAGGAAGGAGACAUCUACAGCUGCACUGUGAAGCAUGACUCACUGGAGACGCCUCAGACCAAGUUUUGGGAGGUUGAAACAAACGAGAUCAGUAUAGGUCCAUCUGUCUUUUGUGGGCUUGGCCUGAGUCUUGGACUUCUUGGAGUUGCUGCAGGAAUAUUCUUUUUUAUGAAAGCAAACCGGUGUCCAAGCCUCCUGGAGGCCUAGGUUAAGACGUAAACCUUAUCCAGCACUGUGAUCACAUUGUCCCUGGUUUGUUUGUCGAGUGACAUUUGUUUCAUGUCAUCCUCCUUUCUCUCUUCACUUGUUUCAUGAUACCUUUCAACUGUCCUCUGCCAAGUCAUGUCUCUAUGCUAACCUUUUUACCUUAGGAGCACACAAAGACAUUUAAGUGCACAGUGAAAAAUGUUGAAGUCACACAGUUUAUUAAGAAACGAGUGAAAUGAGUGGAGGACUAUGGAAAUGAAGAUGCUGGUAUCUGGUAUGGGAAAAAAAUAUUGUCAAAGCUUUUCAAAAUAUUGAAACAGAUUUUUUGAAAAUUUGAUACAUUGAAAAUGCUUUUAAAAUACUGAUCACUCUUAUGUUUGUGUAUAAUGAGCUGUCAAGCAGCCACAGAUCGACUCGCCCAUCCAAUGUGAUUAACAUGUGAAUUCAUGCUUUGUCUGGUCUGUCCACAAGAUGACAAUCAAACAACUUUUAAAAUGCUUGUUUUCUAAAUGGCGUUCGGAUCGACCACGGCUAUCCUUUGCUUACUUGUUUCAUAGAAGCAAUCAAGUAUUGGACACAUAUUUUACAAAAAACUUUAAUUAAAAAGUUAACUGAAUAAGAUAAAUAAACUCUGAGCUCAUCCCACUGGUAAACAGCUUCAUAUUACAGCAGAAUCCAGUCCGACUGCGGGUGUUUAUUUGUCUCUCCUCCAGAGCUCCCUGUCACUCAGUAGCUGUAGAGCAGCGGCUGUGUCCGUCCGCUCUAGCCGCUCCUCUCCACACAACACUCUGAAAAGCCGAUACAAGCAAGUGUUUUUUUAACUCAACUCGAAUAUUUUUUAUUUUUUACCACCGCGAAAUGCUCACGUUGCACAUUACAAGUGGCUGUUGGACAGCUUAUAUUUUUUAAUUUAAAAUAUUUCUACACGGCAGAUAUUUAGCUGCACCCUGCCACAAACUGCUCUCUGUUUAUGACACUUGUGUGACAGGUAAAGCAAAACAAAGGAUCUGGCUUUGGUUAGUGCUCAAUGAAGCCGAUACCAUCAGUUAAAAAAUGCCUUGAUCAGCCUGUACCCCGAUCGCUGAUUGGGACAGCCGUAACAUCUGUAAUUCACUGAUUUUUUUUCUUUUGUGCUGUUUUUCAAAUUUUAUUUAAUUUUAUUUGUGUUGUCACUUGUUUAAAUUGAUUGUGUUUAUUGGUCAUUGGGUUUUUUUUAUACCAUUUUUAACUCAAUAAAUGUCCCCAAUUGCAACUGAGUCAUUGAGCAUUGACUGUAGGAGCAUAUAUAAAUGUGUAUUAAGCUUAAAUAACUACCUUACAACGAAGUUUGAUAACUUCUUUUCCACCUAAACUAUCAUUUGCAAUGAGGUCCCUCAGAGCCGUAUUUUGGGUCAUAUCCUCAGACUACAGUAUUAACUUAUCUUGGACAAAUCAUUCAAAGACAGUUCAUUCCUUUUUAUGCUGAUUCACCACACACUGUUUUGUUUCAUUUCAGUGCUACAGUACAUGAUUUUAAAUGUUCUAGAGAUUCUUCACAGUGGCAGUUUAAGUGUCUUGAUUUCACGGCAUAGUAUGACUGCCAUUAGUUUACUGCUAAAGGUUGGGUAUUAAUGGUUGUGUUUUUGGAAAAUCAGACUUUUAAGACGAGCAAGCAUCAGUGUUAGGAAAAGAUGAGUGAGAACGUCAUUCCUUGCAUGAAAUAAGUCUCUGUUCAGAGUAUCCCAAAAAUAAUUUGACCAAGAAUUAGCGAAUUUUUUCAAACAAAUUUGCUGCUAGACAAUAAUGUAACUUUGAUACAAAAGACAUGCAAAUUACAGUAAUGUUAUAGACAUGAGCGUCUCUGAAACUGCCUUCACCAAAAGUCUUAAGGCCAAUUUAUAUUUGUGCCCCAUAGGCACGUCCCUAGCCUGACGCGCACCUCCCCAAAAGUGGAGCUAAUUAGCAGAGUUUCAGGAGCGGGACCACACAUCAAUCACAUCAUUGCCAGCAUUUCCAUAAAUAUCCACACGUUACAUCUCCUCUUCUUUGCUCUCGCAUUCUGCAUCCCCCCACCCCCACCCCUUUCUCUGUCCUGAUCUCCUUCUUCCAAUAGGAAAAUCUGGGAAAUCUUCCCGAUAGGGAAAUCUGCACGACGUGCCCAGGUGCUACGGCUUGGUGUUACGGCUUGUAGCUUCCCCACAACGUUUUUGAAUGUCUAUUCAGCAAAUGCAAGCCUUGUAAAU